GUGAUAUUAAGCAGUGCAUCUAAUACUCUGCUCAUGUUUUUACCACACACUUAUCAAUGUGGUGCAUUUUCUUUUUCACAUUUUAUCCAAACAUACACUCAGUUUUUUAUUUCUUUACAGUCCAUUACAACUUGUGGUGACUGGUGUGGGAUAAAUGAUUGCUCUUUUAAAAAUCUAAAAAAGAUAUUUCAGACUUUCACAGGAAAAAAAAGAUGUUUUUCUCUCUUUUACCGGAAAAAUAUCUGGGCCCAUAAUACACAGUACUUACCAUUAAUGAAGCAACAGUGGUGCAGCCACAUAUAUCAGCGGAAAAUGUGUAGCUUUCACUGUUGGUUUAAUGAACAGCGCAAUGGUGAAACUGCAGUGGCUACCCGCUGUUCGGAGGUGAUAAUGUGCGUCUUUGAAAAGAUAUUUCUCAGCAUUGUGUGGAAACUACAGCAUGAUGAUGCACAUCUCAGAUACUGGCUCAGUGUUGAUUGUGUUUCUAUCCUAGUAAUGGCUCUCGGGAUGACAAUGCCAGCCAAUCCACCACUUCAGUCCAGGCUGAAAUUUCAAUACCCAAUAAUGAGCUACUUCAGCCUGAGAUAGCUCAUUAUUGGCUAACAAACUGAGACACACUGAGACACAUACAGUAGACUGUAUAUCAAACUUAGUUCAUAUAAGGCAGAAUCCAUGCCAUGCAAACUGCCUGUCUCAUUACCCCACUUGUCACUCAGUAUAGCUAUGGCCCAUAUGUAUAACUUGUAACACUUGUAAAGGCUGUUCGUAUUGAAUUACCUUUUUGGUUUCAUGUGUGGAUAACUUUAUAUUUAAGGCAUUUUCUCCUUUAAUCACUAAAAGUCAGUAUCUGUUAAUGAAGCUUUAUAAGCAUAAAAAAAUAGCUUAAGGAUCCAUCCAUUGCAGUUGGUCUGGAGCCUAUCCCAGCUGUCAUAACAAGACAGAUCGCCAGUCUGUUGCAGGGCUAAAACAGAAAGACAAACAGCUAUUCACAAUCAUGAUCACACCUACGGUCAACUUGGAAUCACCAUUUAGCCUGACAUGCAUGUCUUUGGACUGCAGGAAAAAACCAGAGCACCUGGAACGAACACACUGUCAUGUUGGUGUGAAGUGUGGCUGGUUAGGGCCCAAACGCAGUCUCCAAAAGCAGGCAGAUUUCCAAGGUCGUAAAAAGUCAAGACUAAAUAGGAUGCAUACUUGGAAAAUGGUGCUUCAGUGAAAUUUACAGGAGCUUCCCCUGAAACAGUUAGAUAUUGGAAGCAAGGCAAAAUAUAUGGCGAUACGUGUCAGUGCCUCUUUAACUGAACUUUUUAUUUCAAAUCUGCCUUGAGUGCCUGAAUUUUUUGCUCCUAAUGAUUUAAGCGACACCGGUAGUGCCUCUGUUACUUUUUUCCUUUUAGGCGAAAAGUACAUUUAAGAAAUUGAGUGUGAUGUACAGAGCAGCCAACUUUAGUAAUCUCAAAGAGAUCUGAUUUAACCUACGGACACAUAAUCAAAAGGCACUUGAAGGUUAUCAGUGUUUCCUGAAAAUCUCUUGAAACGCUCAUGUUGCACAAACAAAUACGUUUUUUGUUUUUUGCAUUUACUGAUUAGCCAAAUCAGCCAUAGAUAACAAAUAUUACGCAUACGUAGAAGAAGUGAGGGCUAUAAAAGAGCGUUAGUGUCCUCAGAUUGCUGUGAUACAGUAGACAACAUGGACAGACUACUCAUCUGCACCGGUAAGUUGAACUUCAAAAACUUUCUUACAUUUAAACAGAAUAUCUCUUUUCAGCUGGUUAAUACAAAUUGAUGCUGAGUAGUUAACCUGCCUCCUCCUUCUUCACCCUUUUUGAUCUCCUUUCUCUGCAGGACUGGCUCUCUUGCUGCAUGUGCAGUUAGGUAAUUGUGUCUUUUAUCCACUGUUAGGCUGAUGUGUGUAGACACAUUUUAGUUACAGUGUAAGAACUAUUCCUUGUCUUGCAGGAACAUCGUACAUCCUUUCCUGUUAUUUUACUAGCUGGCCACAGUACCAUCUGGGGGCCCAGCUUCUUUGACUUAUAUCAAAAGUCAAAGAAGAAGAGGUUAUGAUCUGCAAAAUGCAGAGAUGAAGAUGAGUCAUCACAUAUCUGACCUCUCGCCAAAAUGAUGCCCUUGUCUUCCUUAAAUUUCGCCCUUAAUCUAGACUACUGAGUGAUUCCAGUUUUUAUUAUCAAGUCUUCUGAUAACUUCCACAUCCACACAGAUAUCCUUUAUGUUUCAGCGUGGGUGACUGCAAACCCAGAGAGCCAUUUAAAUGUUAAUGUGUGCAGUUGUUACUGUAGCGAUGGGAGCAACACAUGAACAAGCCACCCGACUGAUCUAUACUUUAACAGGCCUACGGUCUGACCUCAGGCUUUCUCAGUGUUUAAAAAAACAACAAUCAUGUAACAGCUGUAACUGCUUUUUGUUCCUCGCCUGUCUGUAGAAGUUGAUGAGCGUCUUUGAGGAGGAGGGAAAGAAGACAAACCGUCCUCGUCUGUUGCUGACCGCUGCUGUCUCUGCUCGAAAGGAGACGAUUGACUCUGCGUACCAGGUUGCCCAGAUUGGAGCUGUGCUGGACUACAUCCAUGUUAUGACCUAUGACUUCCAUGGCUCGUGGGAGCAUAAUGUUGGAGAGAACAGUCCUCUCUAUAAGGGCCCUAGUGACCAGGGAUCCAUGAUCUACUACAACGUGGACUAUGCUAUGAAUUACUGGAAGAACAAUGGUGUCCCAGUUGAGAAGCUGCUUGUUGGUUUCCCCACUUUUGGCCACACUUUCCACCUGACUUCCUCUAACACAACUGUGGGAGCUCCUGCCAGGGGACCUGGACCUGCUGGACAUUUCACUCGUCAGACUGGAUUCUUGGCCUACUACGAGAUCUGCACCUUCCUGAAGGAAGGAGCCACACAGGCUUGGGACAACGCCCAGAACGUGCCCUAUGCCUACAACCAGGGAGUCUGGGUUGGAUAUGACAAUAUUAAGAGCUUCCAGGAAAAGACUGAGUGGUUGAAGCAGAACCGUUUUGGUGGCGCUGUGGUGUGGACUUUGGCUUUGGACAACUUCACCGGCAUGUUUUGCGGCCAGGGGCGAAACCCACUCAUCAACACUCUAAAAAGUGGAUUAGGAACUGGAACUUCCUGCAAAGCUCAGCCUAACCCCCCACCUGCAGUCACACCAAGCCAGCAGCCCAGUGGAGGCAGCACAGGAUCUGGCUUCUAUACUGGCAAGCUGAACGGACUCUUCCCUGACCCGACCGACAAGAAGAAAUUCUACAAGUGCAACCAAGGACAAACCGACGUUGAGUACUGCACUGCCGGCCAGGUGUUUGAUGACAGCUGAAAAUGCUGCACCCGCUCUCAGUGAAAUGAAUGAAUCUAUGUGCUGGGUAAACAAUCCACUAACCCACCAACACAAAGAAUGGCUCUGUAACGCCUGCCAUUGAUUUAACCUAAAUAAAGCAUUU